UGCCGCCUCCUCCUCCUCGUCCUCCUCCUGCUGCAGGCACCCCCCGCAGUUCAGUCCUCAAAGACAUAUUUAAGAAGUGUGGGAUCAAGACACGAUAGCUUAAAAAUAGAGGGAUCUGUCGUAUCUCCAGUUAAAGUUUAUGUCAGGCUGUAUCACGACAGCCCACGUAUUUUGUGUCUUACAAAUAAUCUGCGAAACUUAGAACUGAUUGAUCCAAUAUUCCAGUGGUAUGGACCAGGUGGUCGACUUUCUUCAGAAAAUAGCAAUGUGCAGAUAUCACCAACAGGAACUUUAGUGUUGAGACACUUCAACAUGAGUGGAGUUUACACUUGUUCCAUUGUUUAUAAGCUAACAUCAAUGCAACCUGAUAGAAACCUCGUAAUGAAUUAUUCUAUUUAUGCUUAUUCUGAUCCUGAAAUGUACUAUGAGUUCACAGCCCGGUAUCAUGCAGCUCCCUGCAACAGUUCUCGUAAUACUUGUUUUGAGAAAAAGUUGCUUAAAAAACUAAGCCAACUUGUUGCUGAAUUUUCUUGUAAGGUUACAUUAAUUAAUUCAGAAUGCCAUAAUUUAAAAAUGCAGAGAGCUGGUGGACAAAGUGUAAUCUUCUUUACAUUUUCAGUUGCUUGCUUAAGCCGAGAAAAACACAACAGACUAGGUCAGCGACGUGCUUGUGACACAUCUCAUAGACUGAGGAAGGCAAAAGAAUUGAUACAGAUAUUUUUUAACAAACAGCUGAAAUUUAGCAGGGAAGGUUCUGAACCGUUGUCUGAAAUAUACUACAUUGAAGGUACUCUACGAACAGUAUUGGUUGAUCGCUGCUAUCCAGGGUAUGGAAUGAAUCCUCUAAUGCAUCCAGACUGUCCAGAGUGUUGUGUUGCAUGCAGCCCAGGAUCAUACAAUCCUAGUAAUGGAACACACUGCCUUCAGUGCGACAGCAGUUUGGUAUAUGGAGCAACCAAUUGCUAA